GCCUGCACGUGGUUUUGUUCGACGCUUCGCGCUCUUGAUUUCCUCACAAAACGUUUAGAUAUGGAUUAUUUUCUUCCUUGCGUUGUGUUUGCUUCAAGCAUCGGUUCCCAUAGUCGAUUGUGAAAUCUUAUUUCACUUAUUAUUUUGAUCCAUUAUUAUUUUACACGGAAUGGCUGAAAUAGGCUAUAGGCUACUCCAGUUUCUCUUUAUCACAAUUCUGUCACGCAGACAGUCCCUCAGUGAGAAUGUGCCGCUGGUGGGAUUUCACUGAGAUGGAGGGGGAUUCCUCACGUUCAUUUGCUACUUUGUUAAAAGUCUUUUGUUAUUCAAGACUCCAUCAUGUUGGGAGGGAGCCAGCUGUUUCAGUGAGGACCAGCAUACAUUCAUCAUUUCUAAAUGAGUGGCAAGGGACUGCUGAUGUCAACAGAGAACACACAAUAUUCAAUAGAAAUACAGCUGAUGGAGAGAGAAAGGACUUCAGUAAGGCUGGCACUUUCGCCACCGCUGACGUGAGUUUGGGGGCCUCAGGCUGACGUCUUGGUGCUUUGAUGAGGUAACGGCGGACCCCAGAAGCCCAGCCCCUGCAUUGCACCACCCCUUCCCUCUUCCCUCCUCCCUACCCCUUUCCAACCAGCCAAGCCAUGGGCCAGAAGAUCUCGGGGAGCAUCAAGUCUGUAGACGUGCGCGGGGAGCCGUCCUACAGGCCCCUGAGGAGAGAACUGAGAGGGCCGGAUUUCUUCAAGCCAGCCCGGUUGGACCUACUCCUGGACAUGCCCCCUGCUCCGUAUGAGCAGCAGCUCCGACAUGCCUGGAACCCGGAUGACCGCUCGCUUAAUAUCUUCAUCAAGGACGAUGACAAACUCACCUUCCAUCGGCACCCUGUUGCCCAGAGUACUGAUGGCAUUCGCGGAAGGGUGGGAUACACACGAGGACUCCACGUUUGGAGGAUCCAUUGGCCUGCUAGGCAACGUGGCACACAUGCGGUGGUGGGCGUGGCCACAGCAGAUGCCCCGUUGCACUCGGUGGGCUACACUUCUUUAGUUGGCAGUGAUAGCGAGUCCUGGGGCUGGGACCUGGGACGUAACAAGCUCUACCAUAACAGUAAGAACCGGCCGGCCUCUUCUGCACCCACAUACCCAAGCUUCCUGGAGCCAGAGGAGGCCUUUGUGCUGCCAGAUGCCUUGAUGGUGGUGCUGGACAUGGAUGAGGGCACGUUGAGCUUCAUGGUGGACGGACAGUACCUCGGAGUGGCCUUCAGAGGCCUUAAGGGCAAAAAGCUGUACCCUAUUGUCAGUGCGGUGUGGGGCCACUGUGAAAUCACCAUGCGCUACAUCAAUGGCCUAGAUCCGGAGCCUCUCCCUCUGAUGGACCUGUGUCGACGUGCAGCGCGGCUGGCUCUGGGACGAGAACGUCUACAGGAGAUCGAGACAUUGCCUUUGCCCCAGUCUCUGAAGAAUUACCUCCAGUACCAGUGAGAGCGCGGGCCCUCACGUAGAGACGCACACACGGACACAGAGAGGAAGCCUGAGGCGCUACUAUAGCGCCACCAUCAGGCCGCAGAGGGAAAAUGUUUACAUUGUGGCUCACUGGUGGAAUCUUAAGUUAGUUUUUUUUUUUUGUUUGUUUGUUUUUCCGUUUUUAUUUCCCUCUUUAUGAGUUGUUUAAAUUAUUGAUGGCUAUGGAAGAAGCUCGAGGGACAGUGUGACGCAGGGCUAGAGCGGCGGCAGCUCGACAGACCUGCAGAGCCUCCAGGUGUACGCCUCGCCCUGGAGAAUACGGCAGAAAGCACAUUAACCUUGGGAUGCCUUUGAAAGCCCACAGUAAUAAUCGUUCCUAUUUCCCUGGGUGUAAAGCCUGCAGAGCACAGUCAUCGGACACAGGAGACCGAGGCGGCCACAGGUCGGGCUCAGCCGCCUCCCGAGUCAAAAUCCGUCACACAGGAGCCUCAGCGGAAGAAACAACCCUGGAAGGUAUCUUCGCAUAGGACCACCAGGGGACGGUUACAUGACUGACAGCAACCAUUCUCCCUUUUUUGUCUGGGAUGGAUGUGUAUACCCGAGGACACUCAUGCGCAUACUCACGGAAACAAUCAACAAUCAUAUACGCUUCAAAAAGAUUUCACUUCUUUUUGUUCUCUGUGGGCUUGAGUCACUUUUCUAUCUGAUUUUAUUGUCAGUGUGAGAUUUCAGUUGCUGAUAAUGAUUUUAUCAAGAUGUUUGGUUAUCUUUUAAUUUUAUUUAUCAGGUUCUAGUUCCUUUUUAAUGAACUGAGUAUGUGCGAGCGAGCACAUAGAUAUCAAACACUAUCAUACACUCAUCAAAUAUGGCUUUCUAUUUUAAACUGGGAUGCUGCUUUUAUUAUUAUUAAUAUUAUUAUUAUUCUGUCUGAAUGCUCAGAUAGAAGUCUGGUUUUUCCGAGGCACACAGUGGAAUGUAAAGAUCUUGCUAGCGUUAGCAUAUUUGAAAUGUGAAUAAAAGCCAAGUGAAUGAGAAGGAUGUUGUUGACAGU